GAUGCGGCGCGUUGCGGGCUGCUCGCCGCUCUCCUCCCGUCGGCCCAGCGCCUCCCGGGCCGAGCAGCGCGGCGGGGCCGGCAGCCAUCCCGCUGCGGGAAGGGGCCAGCGGUGCGGGGAGGGCGCGGGAGGCGUCGCGGCUCACUGUCCCCUCCCUCCAGGUCCCCCCAAGCGGUUCCCGGUGGCGACGGUGGACGCCAUCCUGAAGGCCGUGCUGGAAGGCUGCCUGCGGGAGCUGCGCUACGAGCCGGGGCUGUGCCGGGAGAUGGCCGCGACAGUCAGCGAGGUGAUCAAAGCUCGGGUGAAGGACCUGGUGCUGCCGAGGUACAAAAUCGUUGUGGUGACACACAUUGGGCAGCUGAACGGGCAGGGCAUGCAGAUCGGCAGUAGGUGCCUGUGGGAUCCCACCACGGAUACGUUUUCAUCUUAUGUCUUCAAAAACACCUCGUUGUUCGCUCUUGCAAACGUCUAUGCUGUCUAUUUUGAAUAG